GACUCUCCACUCGCUACAGGGGAAAGCAUGUGAAGUGUUGCCAUAGGUAGAGAGUUUUGCUCUACGCAGCCUGCAACCCAUUUCGAUCGCCAAUAGCAUAAUUUCAUUGGGCUGCAAAAUUUGGAGCUUCCAUUCGCUACUUUUUAAUCUUAAGUUCUGGCAACACUGUGAUUGUUUACACGCAUGGCCGCGGCAGAUUCAUAUGAAUGAAGAAUGAAAUGCUGACUUUCUAAGGUGGUUGAUAUGGUAGUGAUUUAUUAAUUCUCUUGUUGAAAGUUAAAAUAGCUUGCUGCAUAUUAAUUUUUAACUAAUACUCUAUAGAUUUUGGUUCUUUAACACAAUCAAUGGCACAACAAAAGAAGAAAAAAUUGGUAUACCCUCCAGGAGUGAAGGAAUUGACAGAAGAUAUAUCAACUGAUGAACUGAAUCAGCGCUUAAAAGUGUGUGUUAAGGUGCUUCAGACAAUUAGUCAAGAGGAUGAUAAUUCAAAAUACCAACCUUUGGCAUUUCAUCUGGCAUCUGACUUUUUCUUAGACCACCGCAGUAAAAACAUCAGACGUGGCGCUGCUCUUUGUAUUGCAGAUGUUUUCCGUAUAUUUGCUCCAGUCAAUCCUUAUAGUGACCCAAAAAUUCUUGAAGCCUUAUUUAAUUUAUUCAUUGAUCAGUUAAGAGGUUUAACAUCUGCAAGUGGUACAAAUUUCACUGGUUCUUUUUACUUGCUUGAGAAUUUAACAAUUAUGAAAACAUUCACCUUGUGCCAUGAUACUAUGCAGAAACCUGAAGAGAUUGUGAUUCCAUUAUUCAAACAGAUGUUUAACAUUAUAAGGGUCCUUGACAAUCUAAAAGUUAGUCGUUUGACAUUAAGCAUGUUAUGUCCUCUGAUUGCAGAAUCUGAUAAUGUGCCACACCAGCUUUUAUUGUUUAUUUUAACUCAAAUUAUUGAACCAAAUAAGUCUUCUUGUGAAAGAACUUACAAUUUGGCUCAAGAUUUGCUUAAGCAGACAGCAACAGUAUUGGAACGAUAUAUACAAACUUCAUUUAUUAAAGCAAUGGACAGUCAGCAAGAAGAUGUUAUUUCUGAACAUCUUUAUGAAUUAAUAUAUGAACUGAAUCUAAUCAUUCCCUCUGAAAUUAUUGUGGUGGUAAAUAACUUAGAAAAUAAACUGAUGUCCAGCUUGGAAGAGGAACGGAUUGAGGUUCUGACACUUUUGUCAAAAUUGUUUUCUGAUAAAUCAUCAAAGAUGAUUGCACAAAAUAAAGUCCUCUGGAGCAGCUAUAUUUCAAGAUAUAAAGAUGCAUCCACUAAAGUUCGCUGCUUGCAUAUGAAGUUCUCUAAAAAUUUACUAAUGAAUCAUCCACAAACAUCAAAACCAGCCCUGAUUGAAUGCUUUAUGUUCAAUAUUAUUGAUCCUGAUGAUAAAGUACGCAAGCGAACUUGUCAAACCAUUUCAGAAACUGUUCCAGAGCUGUACGAUGUCCUAGAUCCUAAGUUGUGGGAAAGAUUCGAAGGACGUGCUAGAGAUACAAAUUAUGAAAUUCGCCAAACCGUCCUGACAUGUUUUAGAAAACUUUACCAGCGUUGGACUGAAAAAGGAAUUCCACCAGUGCUGUAUGACGCAAAUUUUAAAUUGGAUGGGAUAUUGAACAACAUCCUGCAUCAAUAUUCUGAAAACAAGCAACUUGUAGAACAGAUUUUUAAUUGUUAUGUGGUCCCUUACCAGAAACCUGCAGAAGAAAGAAUGAAAUUAUUUUAUCAGUUAUAUUGUUCAAUAGAUGAACGUGCAUUGAAGGCCUUAGCUGGAAUGAUCAAGACAAGAAAUGUGUUGCGCGCUCAUGUUAAUAAACUUUUAGAAGUAAUGGACAAUUAUGAAAUGAAACGGUAUAACGUCUGCAAAAUUGCUCCAGUGUUAUCAGUGUUUUCUAAAGAACCAAAUAAAGGAAAUGCCUAUGCCACUGCUUUUGGUAAACUUUUAGAAAAAAAUGCUAGAUUAAAUAACCUUAUUGGUUCGGUUGCCAAUGGAAGCAUUUCUUGCUCUGCAGCAGCCAUACGUUACAAAGAAAUAUUGGAAGAAGUUAAGAAUACUGAAAAAACUGAAUUAACGAGUUUCGUUGCCCAAAUGAUAACAUGUAUUGUACCUAUUAUUGACAAAGAGUGCUUAAAACAUCUGUUGACUUUUGUGGAUAAUUCAUUCCAAGGAGAUUGUUCUAUUGAAGCUGAUUUAGGUUUGGAAAAUACAUUUUUGAGAGGAUUCGAAUUGCUAAAGGUGUUAUCUUUAUCGAAUCCUGCUUUGUUUCAAGAUGAAGAAACAUUCAAACUUCUCAUGUCGUAUAUUCGUGUUCAGAAUGAGGAGGUGACUGUACCAGCCUUACAAAUACUCUGCAACAUCUGUAAAAAUUUAACUGAAAAUUAUCUUGCCAUGUAUGAGCAACUUUCUCCCAUACUGUUACAAUAUGCAGAAUAUGGGAAACCUAUGCAAGCAAAGCAUUCUGUGUUCCUUCUAAAUAAAAUUGUGCCAGAAAAUUCAAGGACUGAAUUUUUUAUGACCUUGAUGCGAACUCUACAGAUUCAUUUUACUCUCAAAUCUCAACAUUUUAAAACUGCUUUAGUAUCAUCUGGUCAUAUUGCACAAAACUGGCGUCAUUUGUUCCCAUAUCCAAAAUUCAAAGAUAUGGUCACCUUCAUCUUUUCAACUGUUCUUAUGCAUGAUGGCAUAAGUAUCAUGCAUGUCAGAGAUUAUCCCCGAGGUGGUACUGCACUGUGGGGCCCUUAUGACAAUCUCCCAGAUGAAUCAAAAGUGAAGAUUGAAGGUAUGAAGUGUAUUGUUCGAUGGCUUACUGGAAAAGAAAAAUUUGUGAAACCCACAAUAACUACUUUUAGAUGUUUGUCAACAUAUAUUGAAAAUAGUGGUGAUCUAACUGAACAAAGACAUAACUUGCCCAUGGAAAACUCAUGGUUGAGAUUGAGUGCUGCUUGCCGUAUGCUCAAACUGUGUCAUGUUCCCGAUUAUGCUGUUGCCCUUGGCCUAAAACAGUUUCAAAUCCUUGCUUAUGUUUUAAAUGAUCUUUGCCCAGAAGUCUGUGAUAUCUUUGCCAAAAAGCUGAAUAAAGCCUUGUAUCUCUUUAAAUUACCACUUCAGUUUUUAGCUGUUUUUGCCUUGGGAGGGUUAAAUGAAAGAAAGGAGUUUAAAGCCAAUAUUAAAAACUAUCUAGAAUAUAAUAUUGAAAAGCGUCGGCAAAAGCUGAGAGAGAAGGCUGUUACGAAGAUAUUAGUGCUAGAGAGGUUUGUAGCUGAAAGCUCUAAAAAAUUCUGCUACAAGAUUGACACUGGUGUUAUAACAGCUAUGAUAGGGGUUUUCAAAUCAGUCAUGAUCGUUGGACCUGGAAGCACAUAUGUGCGAACUAUCACAGGAAAAGCUGAUAAGUUAUCCUACCUGCCAGAAUACACCCUUCCAUAUGCAAUCCACUUAUUAGCCCAUGCUCCAUUCUUCGGAGAUUAUAGCUGCCUCUCUUCUUUAAGAAAGAUUAGGAAUUGCCUGCAAAUGUUUAUGGAGUGUUUGAUUGCUAAAAAUAAAGACUACAGUUUUACAUUUUUCGAGAGACUUGUUGAAAACAUAAAACAAACUAAGGAUAAGCAAGAUCCAGAAGAUGAAGAUACCAAUUUAAGGCUGUAUGCUGUUUGUGAUUUGGCUUUAAACAUAAUUAUGUCCCAGAAAAACUAUUAUUCAAGAGACUUCCCAGCAGAUCUGGCUCUUAAUAGAAGAUUCUUUACUGAUCCAGAUCUAAGUUACAGCAAUACGAGAACGUAUUUACCACCUGAAUUUCUUGAAGAACAACCUGUGGUAAGCAGAGCUUUGUUGAAAUACUAUUAUAUUGUGAAUUUGUAUUUCAUUUAGUGAUUUUAGAAAUUUACUUUCAUUUAGUGAA